UCUGCUGUCAUCCAUACUUUAAUCUGCGUCUAAACUGAAGACUACAAUUCUGCGAACAGGAUAAGCAGCAUAUUUUCAUCGAUUUUGAGAAUUUAAGCGAUAUUUUUGGAAAAUGGCUCCGUCGAAAAGUGAUAUGCUCACCGUGUUGCAAGCCAACCACGUUGAAGUGCCACCAUACGCAACGAUAUCACAGAUUCGUUCGGUUUACAACGAAUGGGUGAGCGGGCCGCCAUCAGACGAUAUUUCACCUGAGGACCACAACAAAACGAUCGACGAAUUGGCCAAAUCGCUUCCCAAAUUGACUGACGAAACUGAUGAAAGAGACAACGAACCCCCUGCCGUCACCGAGGUACCGAGAUCGACAGUCACAACAACAACAACAACAACCGCCGCCAAUGCAAAUGUACUGCCGCCUGCUGCCACUGUAAGUGUUCAAACCGUUGACCUGAGUGAAUCGAAUGCAAUCAAUGUUACUGCCGAAUCAAGUGUUUUUUCAUCGACCAAUACUGCAACCGUUAUGUCAUCGACCAUUGUCACAAAUGCAUUGCCUUCCGUCUCACGCCCUUUGCCAAGUAUUUCCGUUGAAGAACAAAUUCGCCAAUUGCAACGCGAACGUGAAUUAUUGUUGUUGCAACAACAAGUGAAUGAACUGAGACGAACAAAUCGAGCUCCAGUCCCAGCGAUUCGGAUUGACAUCAGUGCCAUCGAGUCAAUGGUGCAAAAAUUUUCCGGCGAUGACGCAUACGACGUGCACAAGUGGAUCGAAGAUAUGGAAGACGCGUUUGACAUUUUGCAAUUCGACGAAAGGGCACGUUUCGUUGGAGCACGUCGCUUGCUCGAUGGAACGGCGAAACUUUUUGCACGGACAAUUUCGGUACACACCUACGACGAACUGCGUGAAGAAUUUUUGACGGAAUUUGGUCGCAAAUUUUCAACUGAAGAAGUGUAUGCACAGCUGCGGUCCCGACGUUUGAAGCCAAGUGAAACCGUUCAUCGUUACGUCAUUGAAAUGCAAGAAAUUGCCGCCCGAGCAAGAGUGCCUGAGGUUGAAUUGGUUGACUUUAUCGUCAGUGGCAUUGGUGACACAUCGAAUGCAGCCUCGGUUUUGAUGAGCGCAACCAGUUUACGUGACUUGAAAAAUUCGAUCGCACGGUAUGAGCGACUUCGUGCAAAACCGAAUGUGACAACUCGCCGAAACAAUCCAAUUGUGUCAACAACUGCGGCCCAACCGAAUGCAAAUUCAGCCACUGUACGCUCAGCCACUGCCGUCAACCCAACUGCCGUUGACACAUCAAUUCGGUGCUAUAAUUGUUCCAACUUCGGCCAUUAUCAAAGUGCCUGCCCCAAACCGAAGCGCCCUGAAGGCUCAUGCUUCCGUUGCGGUCAAAUGGAUCACAUCUACAAGAACUGCCCGAACCGCCCUGCUGUACAAGCUGCUGCCAACCGAGGAACAGCCCCAAUUGAAGGAUACGAUACUGAGAUCGUCGAAGAAAUGAGAACAUUAGGAAUGUCCUAGAUGUUUCGUGCAACGAUCACAAGUACCAAAUUGGACCACAAAAGCACUAGUCAGAACGAAGUACAAUGGAUUAAAGAAAACUCCACUGAUGUCCUUUGGCAAAACUGUAGCUUACAUUAGGGUUUUUGAUAAACUGAUUAAACAUGAGAUGUUUGUUGUACCUGAUGACACUUUGUUCACACCUUUGAUUCUUGGCCGUGAUUUCCUUAAGAAAGCCGGCAUUAAAUUAGUUAUGACUAAAAAGUGCUAUUCAAAAAAUAAAUUGUUAAAACUACAAAACUGUUGUAACAUUGAUAUUAGUUUAAGAGAGACACUUGAUUCACUUGGCAUACUUCGGUCCUCCAAUGAUUUGAAACGCAAUUCUGACGCCCUAGUAAUUGAGAACGAUUUGAAAUACGUCACAAAAGAUAAGAUAAUGAGUGAGCUGACGGUCAACAGCGAUGACGAGCCAAACGGAAAAUUAAUUGAUUCAUUCUACGAACUGUGUGCUAUUGAUAUUACUUCAAACACCGAUGAGCCUUUUAGUAUUAAUAAUUCUUUGCCCUCUGAUCAACGAAAUCAAUUUCGCUCUGCCAUUUACGACGCAUAUUUUAACACAGAACAAAAACCUUCCGAAACUGAUGACUAUUGUGUGAAACUCGAACUCACAAGUCAAGUGCCUAUUUAUCGCAGACCUCGGCGACUUUCGCAUCAACAACGAAUCGAAGUCAGGGAAUUGGUCAAAGACUUACUGUCACAAAACAUAAUACGUCCAAGCAAUUCUCCUUACGCCUCUCCCAUUGUGCCGGUACCUAAGAAAUCUGGUGAAAUCAGACUAUGUGUGGACUAUCGUCCUCUAAAUAAAAUAACGGUGCGCGAUAAUCACCCACUUCCGUUACCUGACGACUGCAUCGAACACUUAGGCAAUAAAAAAUUCUUCACGUUAUUGGACCUUAAGAGUGGCUUCCAUCAAAUUAAAAUGCAUAACGAUUCCAUUAAAUACACCUCUUUUGUCACACCUGAUGGCCAAUAUGAAUAUGUGAAACUACCCUUCGGUCUGAAAAAUGGCCCAGCUGCAUUUCAGCGUUUCAUUAAUAAUAUUUUGCGUGACUUAAUUAAUAAAGGCCUACUUGUGGUAUAUAUGGAUGACAUUUUAAUAGCAUCGCUCGACUUUGAGACACAUCUGAAAACCGUAGUUGAAGUUCUCAAAAGACUGCGUUCAUUUGGCCUCGAACUAAAUCUGAAGAAAUGCAAAUUUGCACAAGACGAAUUAGAAUACUUAGGCCACCACGCGAGCGCGGCAGGCAUUCGGCCGAGUGACAGACAUAUUGAGGCCAUUAAGAAUUAUCCGCCACCAAAAAGCUUCAAGCAGUUAGAAUCCUGCCACGGACUUUUCUCAUUUUUCCGCCGAUUUGUGCCGAACUUUUCGAAAAUCGCACACCCCCUGCUGCAACUCCUUAAGAGAGAUACACCCUUCGUAUUCACUGAAGAAUGUAUGCAAGCCUUCCUCACACUUCGGCAAAAGCUUAUGGAAGCACCGGUAUUGUGUAUUUUUGAUGCAAAUCGUGAAACAGAGGUUCAUUGUGACGCAAGCAGCC